CGUACAUGUACAUUCUGCUUUUUGCACAGCUGCAUCACGAAAUCUAGCUGCUUGUGUUCCCAACUUCGCCAUUUCUAACAACGUGCUAUGCAUUAUUUCGUAUUGUGUAUGAUGACCUUCCACACUCCACUGUGGAUCUCGGUGUCUUGGCUGUCACUCUUGACAGAACUUUUGACCCUUUCGCGCCAUGUUUUGGUCUUGCGGUUCUAUGCAGUUGCUUCUGUAAUGCUAUUGCUGUACUUAGAAAUGGCAAAGCUACCUAUGUAGAGGUAGGGAUCAUUCGCUCGUGCCGACGAGUUCAACGUUACGUCUUUCUGUCAGUAUUAGUACAAUCAUAGCUCCGAUGACUCGACAUGACCCAUCUGUACAUUGAGCUCCAAGCUCUGCAUGGUAGAUCUCG